AUGUUUCGAGCUUUCCCUAGGCGGUUCUACGCCACCUAUCGCAGCUUCAACCGUGGCGCCUACCCCUCCAACGGCGCCACCUUGCUUGCCAACCCCACGUUCCGCAAGCUUCUCGGCGGGGGCGCUGUUGCCGGUGGUAUUUUCUAUGCAAGCAACUUGGAACAGGCGCCAAUCACCAACCGAACACGGUUCAUGUGGGUUGGUGAGGGCUUGGAGAAGUUUGUUGGUGACCAGACCUACAGCCAGAUCCUCAGCGAAACCCGGGGCAUGCUCCUCCCAGACGACCACCCGUACUCUCGCAAGGUGAGGAAAAUCAUGCAAAACCUUGUGGCUGCUUCGCAGUCCCCAGACUUGCAGAAGCUAGACUGGAAGAUCCACAUCGUCAACGACCCGAGACAGCCUCCAAACGCGUUUGUCUUGCCUGGAGGUAAGGUCUUUGUAUACUCGUCAAUUCUCCAGAUUUGUGAGAACGACGACGGAUUGGCGACUGUAUUGGCCCACGAGUUGUCCCACCAGUUGGCUCGCCAUUCAUCAGAGCAGCUCUCUAAGGCCCCAAUCUACAUGUUGCUUUCGCUUGCGUUGUACGCUUUGACGGGAAGCGAUGCGUUGAACACGUUGUUGAUUAACAGCGCGUUGAAGAUGCCGGCCUCCAGAGAGAUGGAGACCGAGGCAGAUUACAUGGGGUUGAUGAUCAUGAGCAGAGCGUGCUACAAUCCCGAAGAGUCCACGCGGUUGUGGGGUAGGAUGACUGAGUUUGAGAAGAAGCAUGGGGGAGCCACACCGGAGUUUCUCAGUACCCACCCUGCCAGCGCGCACCGCAUUAAGAACAUGCAAGAGUGGAUUCCCGAGGCGAUACAUAUCCGGGAGGAAAGCAACUGCCAGACGAUGGGGCAGUUUAGUGUGUUUGGAAGGGGGUGGUAG